GCGCCGAGCGCGUGGAGGAAAGCGCAAGCGCCAGUUGAAAAGAGGUGGUGACGCCUGGGACAGAGGUUCCUUUGCUUCGUCCCCCUUCUCACGCUUUCCCGAGAUGAGCCAAUGGAAACUAGGGGUUGGCGUUUGUGUCAUCCUUCCUAGCAACUAUGGGCAGAUUCUGUACCGUACCAGGUUCUCCUUUCCCCCUCGCUGCUGGUGGCUUGUGUAGAAUCGAGGGAGCCCUUAUUUGUGCGCGUCUGACCGUGGGCGGCCCGCACAAUUGGAACUUUCUCUCACCAUGCAGCCCUCGACCCCAGCUGCAUUCACAGCCCUUACCCUCUCUGCCUACUUUUUUGCCGCCGACCCCAUUGCUGUUCAGGGGCAAGAUUCCCCUGUGCUCGUGGGGACCGACUGUGAAGUAUGUAAAGAAUUUCUGGAAAGAUUCUACAGCUCCUUAAUAGCCAAAGGUGUUGACUUUUCCCAGGAAAUCAUAGAAAAUGAAUUAAUCAGAAGUUGUUUAGAUUCCAAAGGAAAAGAAAAUCGUCUGUGCUAUUAUCUCGGAGCAACAAAUGAUGCAGCCACAAAGAUCCUAAGUGAAGUCACUCGCCCUAUGAGUGCCCAUGUACCAGCAUUAAAGAUUUGUGAGAAGUUGAAGAGGAUAGACAGUCAGAUCUGCGAGCUUAAAUAUGAGAAGAAGUUGGACUUAGAAUCAGUGGAUUUGUCAAAGAUGAGAGUAACUGAGUUGAAAAAGAUUCUCAACAGUUGGGGAGAAGAGUGCAAAGCAUGCAUAGAAAAAACAGACCUAGUAGAUCUCAUUAAAAAGUUGGCACCCAAGUACACAUCUGCAAGUCCAAGAUCAGAUCUUUGAAUGAAAUUUGAACAAAAUGACUACAUUAGCAAAUCAUCAAAAUGAUGACGAUUCUGGCCUUAAACAAUGUGAAUCAUUAUGAGCUACUGUUAUAACCAGCUUGUGGCACAGAUAUCAUACUUGUUUGCCCUGGUCUCAGAAUACAUUAUUUGUCUUUAUGAGUAAUGCUACCAAUGCCAAAUGCCUUAUAUUUACUUGUAUACAAUUGUCACAUUCCUUGCAAAAAUAUAAAAAUAUUUGGACUUUCUUUUUCCUCUCACAGCUUAUUCCUAGGGUAGCUGGAAAGCAUCACCUUUUCCCUCUCUAGGGGAAAAUUGAGGCAUUCAAAAGUCAUUAUAGGGUUUAUCAGUAGUGAUGAAAGAAGUCUUGUUCUCAUUCUUACAUUAACUAUUAGUCAAAAGUACUGGAUUUAGGGAAAAUAGACAAUUUUUCUUUUUAAAAAUUGACUUUAUUUUAUAUUCCCUUUGAAGACAGUUUCAGAACCCUAGUCAGAGUUUCACAAAUAAUGACUUUUCUUAUACUUAAAAUCCCAAAAUAUGCUUUUUUAAUGUUUGAUCUCUAAAGUAACAGAUCUGGAAGAGCUGCUACAAAACUAUUUUCCUCAGCUAAUUUUGUGACAUUUCUUAAUCUGUUGGCUAAAUUAAAAAGGCCUUGAAUAACUAAGUACAAAUAAACAUGUGGAAAUGUAUAACAACACUGGGAAAAAUCAAUCAAUAUUUGUCUUAUUCACAGAACCAUAUCAUUUGGGUUUUUUGCUCUUUAUGGUCACUACUUAGAUAUAUAUUUUUAA